GACGUUAGCUAAGUAGAUUUUUACCGUGUGGAGCUAGCUAACUUAGUGGAACAGUUAUGCCUUUGUGCUAGCUAGCACUAGCUAGCCAAGGUGUAGUUAGCUAGCCUUCGGUAACAUUUAAUGAUUACCCUUUAACAUCGCAACAAUUGUAACUCUUUACCAAAGAAAUGGUGAUGGAGAAGCCAAGCCCACUGCUUGUAGGGCGGGAGUUUGUGAGGCAGUAUUACACACUCUUAAACAAGGCACCCGAUUACUUACACAGGUUCUACGGUAAGAACUCCUCCUACGUCCAUAGUGGUCUGGAUGGCAGUGUGAAGCUGGAAGAGGCCGUGUUCGGGCAAGCUGAGAUCCACAGAAAGGUGAUGUCUCUGCAGUUCAGCGAGUGCCGCACUAAGAUCCGGCACGUGGAUGCCCACGCCACCCUCAGCGACAGUGUGGUGGUGCAGGUGAUGGGCGAGAUCUCCAACAGCGGCCAGCCCAUGAGGAGGUUCAUGCAGACAUUUGUGCUGGCUCCAGAGGGCUCUGUGGCGAACAAGUUCUACGUCCAUAACGACAUUUUCCGUUACGAGGACGAGGUCUUUGACGAUUCAGAGACCGAGCUUGAUGAAGAAUCAGAAGACGAGGUUGAAGAGGAGCAUGCGGAGAGGCCAGCCUCCCCUCAGAUCCUGCAGGACAGUCCCAGGAGCACCCCCUCCUAUGAGCCGCACCCUGCCAGCAACAGUGUUGAGGAGCUGCUGGAGGAGGAUGUUCCAGAGCCACAGCCUGAACUGGAACCAGAGCAGACCAACGAGGAAGUGCCGCCUGAAACCAGAGCAGAGGAGAAGGUUCCGGAAGAACUAGAGGAGACGGUGACCCCUGUUCCAGCAGAGCCUGUCAUAGUUGUGCAGGAGCCAGUAAAGCCUUUCUCCUGGGCUUCAGUGACCAGUAAAAAUCUUCCUCCAAGUGGCAUGGUUCCUGCUGUGGUCCCACACCAUGUUGCUAAAGCUCGAAGCUCACAGACCAGAGGGGAGAUGAAACGUGAGGCUACUCCCUUCCGCACCCAAGACCAGCGUCCCCGACCUGGCUUUGCACCGCGCGGCUCCAGAUCUGAUGGCGGGACGCCUUCAGAGGCCAGAAAACCCCAGUUCAGCUUCCUGAGCAGAGGGAGAGGAGACUCGGAAGCGGGCGAUGGGGACGGCAGGAGGCCAGCGAGGCAUCCCGACAGCCACCAGCUGUUUGUGGGAAACCUGCCUCAUGACAUCGACGAGACGGAACUCAAGGACUUCUUCAUGACUUUUGGAAAUGUUGUCGAGCUCCGUAUAAACACAAAGGCAUUGGGAGGGAGGCUUCCCAACUUUGGAUUUGUGGUAUUUGAUCAGUCGGACCCAGUGCAGAAAAUCCUGGAUUCCAAGCCACUGAUGUUCAAUGGGGAGGUGCGGCUGAAUGUUGAGGAGAAGAAAGCGCGGUCCCCACGAGACAGGGAAGCCCGGGUCGGGGACGAGCGGUGGGACGUUCGCCGUGGCGACCGGGCCUCUGGGGGUCCCCGGGGCCCUUUGGGAAGUGGCACCAGGGACAGGAGGGCCCCCCCUUCACGGGGCGGGGUUUCUCCAAAGCCCGGCCUAAAUUCAGGGAGAGGAGCUGGCCCAGGCGAGAGCCGUUUCACCACACAGCGCCACUGACCACGCCACCUGCAUUUUGGGAGGACUAUGAAAAGGCCUUCCCUGUCCUCUCAAACUCGACAUGUCAACAGCAGAUACCUUUUCUUUCUUUUUUUUUGGCUUUGGAACACAACAUGACCUGAGGAAAAUGAACACUUUUGUUUACCAGCUUUGAGCUGAUACUCCUGGUUUCCCAAGAGUUUGCUCAUAUCUCAUUUGUGAUUUAACUAAAUGGACCAAGAAGGAACUUUAGCGUCUGUAUAGGACAGAUGCAGCAGUCAUAAGAAGAUCAUUGGUCGCAUGGCCGUGAUUUCAUGAAGGGAUUAAAUCUACAGCCUCAUGUUACUGAGGGGGCUAUUUUAAGAAUCCCUCAAUUUGCACAUUUUAUAUAAUUUCUGCCCAGUACCGUCAGAAGCAAGAGGUGCAAACUGUGUGCAAUUGGGGGAGAAAGAAAAUCCUCUUAUGCGCAUUGCUUAAAACAAAUUGUAUUAUUGCACUUAUCAGUUUGCACUAACAGGUACUUUUCUUAUUACAUCAGCAUGGUUGGGAUCAGUCUUCGCACCAUACCUAGUAGGCUGCUGUGACCAAAUUGCAUCCUUGACCCUUGAUGGUUUCAGUCGCUGUUGGGCAGUAACUGUGAGCAUAUUUUCCCUUGUUAAAUAAUGAGAAACACUGGAAAUGAAAGCUAAACAUUAGAUGAGUGACAGGGACUGACUCACCAAAAGCAAAAGCUUGUCAAAAGCAUUAUGGUGCCUUCAGUCGUGUGCGUGUGCGUGUGCGUGUGUACACUUACUGCUCAGUAUCUUUCAGAGGUUUUUUGAGAAUUUAUUUUUGCUUUCAUACUUGAGUUUAAUGUGCUAACUGCAUCUUUGAAUGGUUUCAAAAUGGUGCCUGAAUUGACAACCAAUAAACAAGGACUGUAUCACCUCCAUUGCAGAUGUAACAGAAUAUUUAUCAGGUUGGGAACAUAAUCCUUUAAGGAAGGGACUGCUUGUGAGCUGUAAACCAGUGAAAGAUGGCACUGGUUUUGUAUUGCUUUUUUCUGCAGAUUUCAGUUACAGUGGUGCACCUUUCAUUCUAGCUGUUUGCCUUUCUAUGCCAGUAUUUGCUGCACCGGGAAUCCUGUUGGCAUUCUGCUGAUGGGACUGCAUUAUCUGACGCCUAUGGUUUUCAGCUCAUCUGAAACUCUUUGACAUUUGUUUACACACAACUGCUACUGUUGUCAUAGGCUUGAAGUCCCGCCCCCCACCCCCCACACACACACACUCCCUCCUGCCCACUUCUGGUUGCUAUAACCCUACCAUCCACUUCCUGAGGUAGUGUAAGAACAAUUUAUUUCUCCCAAAAUAAGAAUGUGGACAAAUGUCACCUGUUCCUUUUCUUUCCUUUUCUUUGUCAUUUCGAUUGACCUGAAGUUGAGUUCCAUUUUUGAGUAAUAAGUCAGUGUUAUGAAUCUUCCAUAUCAGUACUUUAAUUCCUUAUCACAUGUGCAUCAACACAACCCCCAGUGCCUAGAUGCUCAUCACAAUUUCUACCCCAAGUCCGACUUCUGGAUUCCUGUGUUUGAAGGAAGACAUUUCUGAUUCCAGAUAUGGACAACCUUCACACUACCAUUUUAUUUCUACAUUAGUAAUCACUGUGAAAAUGGAGUUUUUUUCAUAAUUCUCUCAAGAAAACACACUUUGGUGCCAAUAUUAGGGAAAAACUAUAGGCCUAUAUACAAACUAUUCAGAUUGAUUGGUGGUACAUGAAUAUGGUCCACUGUACAGGGUUCUACAAAAUAUAUUGUACUGUUUCUGCAACAAACAUAAAUUGCCAUUUAAUAAAUGAUUCAUAUGAAAUUGUCA